AUGACUCGCGCUCAGCAAACCAUCUCUCUCGCCCUCCUCCUCUACCUUGCUCUUUUCCUCGAGCUCAUCCCUCUUCCUCCCCUGAUCCAGGAGCAGAUCGUCCCCGUGCUUCCUUUCUGGGCUCUUGUGUCCUUUGGCGCAUACCUUCUCUUCCGUCUCGGCUUCGGCAUCCUCACCUUCAACGAUGUCCCCAACGCGCACAAGGAGCUCACAGCGGAGAUUGAGCAGGCCAAGGUUGAGCUGCGACAGCUCGGCGUCACCGUCGACUAA